ACGAAUUCCUGACAGCAGUCGGUCAUACGGCACUGCUUUACAUAGUUUUAAUUAACCAUUUACUUGUACUACCAUAAGAUAUACAAUUUAAACGUCUAGCUAAAAGUCGCACCCUUCGUUUUCAUUGAUAACCGUGCGUCUACGUAGUCGAUGGUCGAUAAGUCGAUCGGCGUCCCGGCCCCCCCCGCUCUGGGAUCGACAGUGCGGUCUGACGGGACUCGGCCGGGCAGCUGCGCCGCGGCGGCCGGAGGGCGGUCCGCUUCCCAGCAGCCGAGAGACCUGGUCCGCCUCGCUGCUGAUUUCCGGACCUCAGCAGAGCCAUGGGUCCGUGACAGCGUCGCCAGCAGGCCCGCGGGUAGCUUCUCGCUUUCACGUUUCAUUCAGCUUCAGCUGAAGUCUUUCAUUAACCAGCGCUCUGUUGCCUACGAAUAGCAACGGAUUUUUUUUUUAACCAGCUGGCCGGCCGGUAACUAGUCUUCGUAAUUAGCGGCGCUGCCCAUGCUGACAGCAUGGAAAAUGCAGGGUACUGCAACGACAGCUUCAGUAGCCUCCAGAGCGGCACCAGUGACGAGGACAUGGUGGAAAUCGCUGGGGCCACACUGGAUUUCUCCAGCACGGAUGAUGUCCCGCCGCUGGAUCGGGAUUAUGUCUCAGGCUAUCCUGCGUACGGCAGUGGCACAGACUGUACCAACGGGGCCCCCAAGCUCAUGGACCUGCUUGACGAGCCCCUGCCUGGGGUGGGCACCUAUGAGGACUUUAACACCAUAGACUGGGUGCGCGAGAAGUCCAAGGACCGCGACCGCCAUCGAGAGAUCGCCAGCAAGAGUAAGGAGUCCACAUGGGCGCUGAUGAAAAGCGUCAGCGAUGCCUUCUCCGGCUGGCUCCUCAUGCUACUCAUCGGCCUGAUGUCAGGCGCACUGGCCGGUGGCAUCGACAUCUCCGCCCACUGGAUGACUGACCUCAAGGAUGGCGUGUGUCUCAACGGCUUCUGGUUCAACCACGAGCACUGCUGCUGGAACUCCAAUGAGACCACCUUUGUGGAGCGGGACCGGUGUCCGCAGUGGAAGACCUGGGCGGAACUUAUCCUCGGCACUGCGGAGGGGAGCUUCGCCUACAUUGUGAACUACCUGAUGUAUGUUUGCUGGGCACUGCUCUUUGCCUUCUUGGCCGUGUCUCUGGUGAGGGCCUUUGCCCCGUACGCCUGCGGCUCCGGGAUCCCCGAGAUUAAAACCAUUCUGAGUGGGUUCAUCAUCCGGGGAUACCUGGGUAAAUGGACCCUGGUGAUAAAGACAAUCACGCUGGUCCUGGCGGUGUCAUCGGGCCUCAGCCUGGGUAAAGAGGGUCCCCUGGUCCAUGUGGCCUGUUGCUGUGGAAACAUUCUCUGCCAUGUGUUCACCAAGUACCGCAAGAAUGAGGCCAAGCGGCGGGAGGUUCUAUCCGCUGCUGCUGCGGUUGGUGUGUCUGUGGCCUUCGGUGCACCUAUAGGGGGUGUGCUUUUUAGCUUGGAGGAGGUGAGCUACUACUUCCCCCUGAAGACCCUUUGGCGGUCCUUCUUCGCUGCCCUGGUGGCCGCGUUCACCCUGCGCUCCAUCAACCCCUUUGGGAACAGCCGCCUGGUGCUCUUCUACGUAGAGUUCCACAGCCCCUGGCACCUGCUGGAGCUGGUGCCCUUCGUCCUGCUGGGUAUCUUUGGGGGCCUGUGGGGCGCUUUUUUCAUCCGCGCCAACAUCGCCUGGUGCCGGCGUCGUAAGACCACGCGCCUGGGCCACUACCCGGUGCUGGAAGUGCUGCUAGUGACUGCGGUAACGGCCCUGCUGGCUUUCCCCAACGAAUACACACGCAUGAGCACCAGCGAGCUCAUCUCGGAGCUCUUCAACGACUGCACCCCGCUCGACUCGUCCAAGCUGUGCGAUUACAUCAACUCCAAUGAGACCAAAAGCAGCAACGAGCUCCCAGACCGGCCCGCCGGUCUCAACGUCUACAUGGCCAUGUGGCAGCUGGCGCUUGCCCUCGUCUUCAAGAUGGUCAUCACCGUAGUCACCUUCGGCAUGAAGGUCCCCUCUGGCCUCUUCAUCCCCAGCAUGGCGGUGGGGGCCAUUGCAGGAAGGCUACUGGGGGUGGGCAUGGAGCAGCUGGCCUACUACCACCAUGACUGGGUGAUUUUCAGGGGCUGGUGCAGCCCGGGCGCCGACUGCAUCACCCCGGGGCUCUAUGCCAUGGUGGGCGCUGCCGCCUGCUUAGGCGGCGUGACCCGGAUGACCGUGUCCCUGGUCGUCAUCAUGUUCGAGCUGACCGGUGGCCUCGAAUACAUCGUCCCCCUGAUGGCGGCAGCCAUGACCAGCAAGUGGGUGGCCGACGCCCUGGGCAGGGAGGGCAUCUACGAGGCCCACAUCCGCCUCAAUGGAUACCCCUUCCUGGAGGCCAAGGAGGAGUUCAGCCACAAGACGCUGGCCAUGGAUGUGAUGCGGCCACGGCGCAGCGACCCGCCUCUCUCCGUGCUCACACAGGACAGCAUGAGCGUGGAGGACGUGGAGACGCUCAUCGCCGAGACCUCCUACAGCGGCUUCCCCGUCGUCGUGUCCCAUGAGUCCCAGCGGCUGGUGGGCUUUGUGCUUCGGAGGGAUCUCACCAUCUCCAUCGAGAAUGCCCGCCGCCGGCAGGACGGCAUCGUCAGCACCUCCCGCGUCUUUUUCACGGAGUACAUCCCCCCCCAGCCCCCCAGCAGCCCCGCACCCCUCAAACUCCGCCCCAUCAUGGACCUCAGCCCAUUCACCGUCACUGACCAGACCGCCAUGGAGAUCGUGGUGGACAUCUUCCGCAAGCUGGGCUUGCGCCAGUGCCUGGUCACGCAUAACGGCCGCUUGCUGGGGAUCAUCACCAAAAAAGAUAUCCUGAAGCACAUGGCUCAGAUGGCCAACCGGGACCCCGACUCCAUCCUCUUCAACUGAGCCCUGUCCCCGGAGCUGUGUCUGCAGACUGGCCAGUUUGAUGGCCCCACCCCCUUUCCACAGAGCUGUCUACAGACUGGCCAGUUUGAUGGCCCCGCCCCCUUUCCGCAGAGCUGUGUCUACAGACUGGCCAGUUUGAUGGUCCCGCCCCCUUUCCGCAGACCUGUGUCUAUGGACUGGCUGGCUUGAAGGCCCCACCCCUUUCCGACAGAGCUGUGGCCUACUCGUUGGCCCCGCCCCCUUUCCCCAGAGGGCCGUGUCCACUGUGGUGUUGCAGGUGGAGCCAGGUGGAGCCAUGUGGAGCACCAGAAGGAUUUAAAAAAAUUCUUUUGCACUAUGGCUCCAGCUCCUGGUUUAUUUUGUGACUUGCAUAGACUUGCUACGCAGUAAAACAUAUCACUACUGUGACUUGGGAUUUAAUAAUAAUAAAUGAUGAAGAUGUUGAUGAUGAAGUCGUCGCUCCCGCAGUUGGUGUCCCCUGUGAGGCCCCUCAAAGCCGCUCUUCCUGUUAACCCUGAGCCCGCUGGUAGAUGUGGGUGACCAGGACUAGGCAGCUGCUGAGCAGAAGACUAGAGAAAGGAGUUCUCUAGGGUGUCCACCAGGUCUCCUACAGGGGGCACUGGUGGUCAGGGGAUGGAUGACCUUGGAGAGUCAUUCUGUAUGUGUCGGUGUGCUUGCAGGUGCUUUCAGGUCUGUGGUCCAAGCGAGUAGCAUCAGAUGUCACCGUGUCACCAUCCGCCUCAUUGAACCACCUAUAGCCUCCUCAUUCCUCACGCUGGUUUACGAGUCUCACGGUAGCAGGAGAGGUAAUGGUCUUGAAACCUCAAGCCUUUGAGAUGUUACCCUUUGAUUAGGGUAGGAAUGUGUAAAUCAUCCACUUGGAGUAUGUUGUUGUCUGUUAAAUGAGGUUUAACGUCUAAUGCUGCAUGUAAGGAUUAGAUCAGCUUGUGGCUCCCAGUUCAGAACACAAGGUGUCGCCAUUGUGCGUUGCUAUUCCUGACCAACUUUCUGAGACAAUCACAGUGUGUCCACUGCAUCUGAUUUGUUGGGCCGUGAAACGUGGAUUCCUUGCUGGAGUUCAUCGUUGUGUGCGUGGCCGCUGCCUUCUCUGAUAGUCACUCGUUCAUGUCACAAGCCCUCCACCAUUUUCUGCCAGUCACUCUGCAUCUUCAGUUUCGACGCCGUGGUCCUGGCACGGCGAGCGUCGGCGUUUAAAUAGGGGAAGUGUCCGACUUGAUCCUCCUUCCCGUUUCGGCUUUCCGCUGCAGGGCUGGGCAUGCCGGCCCGUACUUCCGCGCGGUCCCCGGAGGUUGGGCGGAGCUCGGCCAGGGUCUAUUGUUUGGCCUGACCGGCACUUGGCUGCCACACAGCAGGGUUGAAGCGCAGGGUGUGUUCCCCAUGUUUGGAGAACGCUGUCCUGGGUUUCGCAAUGAAACGCGCAUCGGGGGGAGAGAUCUGUCACAGGGGGCAGGAGGAGAUUAGGCUGGGUUGAAGUGUUGGCAGUCAGGUUUUUGAAAACCUUCCGGAAAGUUUAAUUACAGAUGCAUCCCAUCGUCCCACUUUUAACCAGUUAUUUUUCAGGGCAUGAUUCCAGUUCAAAAUUCUUUCUCUCACAUAAGAAGCAGAUGGAGGCGUCUCUGAAAGACCUGAGGAAAGCAUGUUUGUUUAUGUGUACGACUGCAUCUCUCCAUUCCUUUAAAUAUUUAUGCAACAUUGGUCUUUAAUCUGUUUCCUUUUGUACUCGUAUUUAAGCAAAUGGCAGAUGUGUUUAAAUCAUUGCUAUUUGUGUAUGAUUGCACACCAGACGCAUGGAGGAUGGAUCAAAACAAUUAUUUAUUUCCUUAAUCGACUUUGACAUUUAACAGUAAUUAAAGGUUAAAGAAUCUGCUGGAAGUUCUGUAUUUGAUUUGUGAUCAAUAUUUGUAUUUGUAUAAAAAGAGAAGUGGUUUCAAAAUUGUUUUGAGCACGACUGCUUCUAGUAAAUCAUAUAGUUAGAAACAGCAGUUAUACUCUAUGCAUUUUGAUUUUUUUUUUUUUUUUUUUUUAAGGAGUCCCUGAUUUUGCCUAAUUGAGGGUUGCAUUUCUCUGUGAACAUUUGAAAUUCCGAGCCCUCUGUCUUAUUUGCUGUUAGUUCAGUAGCCUUCCCUGCAGGUUUUGUAGCUGUUGCGUUAAGGGUCCUCUGCACAGAAGCUGAUGGGGAUCUUUCCAUGCUGCUUUGGGACUCGCCCUGCAGGUCCAGGAAGAGGGAAACCGCGUGAGACUCAUUUGGGUUCCUUUUUUGGUUUAAUGGUAAUUGAUUAUCGCUUUCGGUUACUCUGUGAACCUCCAUCCAGAGACAGCUGCUCAGCGCCAUAGUGUUUUACUCCUACAGACUGAGUAUCAGGAGUGAUAUUUGAUGGCCCCAAGAUGCUAAAAUCAAUGUUCAGACAAAUGUCUAGCGGGGCUGUGACUUCACUCCUUCAGAGGCAUCACCGGGGUGGGGGUGGGGGGGCGUCUUCUUGGGUGCCAGUGGUCCGUGAGAAUGGAUCUUGGGGCCUGAGAAAUGUGACGACUCCCUUCAGGCGGCUCAAACUCCCUCAAAGCGACCCCCUGGGGAGGGGGGGGCAUCUCAGCACCCGUUACUCUCUCACAUGCCAUACAGAGUCUUUAUUGUGGCCAGGGACAAUAACAGGAUUGUAUUUUUUUUUUAUUGCACUUCAGUAGGUUAACAGUAAUAGUAAUUGUAACACUUUGCACAUUCUGCAUAUGUCAAUAAAUUCAAUAAAAAAAUUAAAGGCA